AGAAAACUUAGAUGAUCAGAAAAAAAAGAAAGAGAAGAAAAAAAGAGGAAGGAAGAUGAAAGGAAGAUGAAUGUUGUUGUUUAAAAACGAAAAGUAAACAAAAAAAAAGAGAAAGUUAUUCGAAUGUCACCAGAGGUCACUAGUUUUUAUUCUUUCGUGGGUGUGGCCUAAUGAACUACGAUGAAAAGAGAAUAGAAUUUUUCAGUUGAUCGUAGGCACUUAAUGGAUUAAGGUGAUAAUAUUUAACUGAUUGUGCUUUGAUUGUAACUUUGCUUGAUCUCUAAUUUUUUCUUUAAUCCAGUUAAUUAUCAAUUCUUUUUUUGUCUUCAUUCAAAUCGCUGUUGAAACAUUAAAUCAUCUCUUAUCCUUUUUGUUUUCAUCAAUUUCUCUAAUAUAUCAACUGUUAUUCUCCUUCGUCCUUCGUUUUUUUUUCUUUUCACAUUAUAUUCUCUCUCUCUCUCUCUCUCUUUCUCCACCUAAAUCUAAAUAUCUUUUUGCUCUCUUUUUUCUAUUUCUCCCAUUUUUCUUCUUCUCUUGACCAGAAAAUAUUAUAUCACCUUUUUAUUUAAUCUAUUCUAUUCUUCUUGUUUAAUCCCAACCAUAAACAUCUAAAAUUUUCUACUCUUGUCAAAAUAACCUCACCAUUAUUAUUAUCACCAUCCAGUUGUCAUCAUUUGCAAAAAGCGAAAUUAAUAUAAAAUUUUCAUCUUGGUGUCUGUUACAUUUUCCUUUGGCUUCAAUUUUUUUGUUCUUUUUCGAAAAAAAAACAAACAUUUUCUCUUUUCUCCCCUGUACCAAUCAAUCGUUUGGCUAUCAUAUUUAACCCCAGUCGUUAAUUGGACAAUUCUCCAUCUAUGGUCUUAAAACCAACAUCAUCUUCUACCUAAACAGUCAACAAGUUCACCUUUAUCUCUAAAAACCAAAUUCUACGCUGUUCUACGUUUUUCUUCUACUUCUCUCUUUCUUCACUGUGUCUACUUUUCUCAAAUUCUCUUUCUACUUUCCUCUUUCUAUUUCUACUCUCUCCCUCUUUUUUUCUCUCUCUCUCUUAACUGUAACUUUUGCCUUCUCUCUUUUUCUCUCUUAAGUUUCUUCUCUUCUCCCCUUGUUCUUUAUUACACCGACUUUUAAGGAGAUCACAUCCAACAAUCAUCAACAUAUAUUUUCAUUCUGUGUGUGUAUUACAUAAAUACAUUCAACACCCUAACCACCAACCACCACCUCUCACCAACAUCAACAAAUUUUUCCUUUGAUACUCAAACCACCACAGAUUUGUUUUUUGUUUCCUCUUAAGACAAAAUCUCUUAUAUUCUUUUGACAUUAUAUAUUAUUGCUCAUAAACCCAUUAACGUUUAUUUAACGAUCAACCAUCUUUAAUUACUACAAAGAAAAAAAAGAAAGAAACAAAAAAUAUCUUAUCAUCAUACUGACAUUCUACUCACCUUAUUGUUUCAACUUGCUGAAUUUAUAUUAACCUUUAAAGUUGAAUUAAGUGUUAAUUGAGUUUAACGAUUAAAUAUGGUUAUGAAAGACGAGUCUUUGGUAACCGAUGCUGGUAAACCUGAUUUAGAUGAUUCUACUCAAGAUGAAGAGCAAAUUGAUUAUCCCAAUUCAGAUCAACUUAAUCAACAAUCUUGUUCAUCUCCAUCAUCUUUAAUCUUAUCCUCAUCAACCUCCGGUGACCUCAACGGUGCCAUUGUCAUUAACGGCAAACAAAUGGACCUUUCAAGUGAUCGAUAUGCUGUUCUUAGCUAUGAACAGGUAACAAGGUUGGAUAAUGUGAUGGAUGAAGUGGUUCCGAUCCAUGGGAGAGGUAACUUUCCCACCCUGGAAAUGAAAUUGAAAGAUUUGGUCAGUGUUGUACGAGGUAAAUUGGAGGAGGAAAGUGUUACUCUACGUGAUAUCAGGUUAAAUGGUGGUGCCGCUUCUUACGUUUUGUGUCCAAAUAAUUUAACUUACAACGAUUUGGACUUGAUAUUUGUAGUUGACCUUUCGACUUCUCGUAAUUUUGAUAAAGUUCGUUCAGCAGUAUUGGAUUCUCUGUUAGACUUUUUACCUGAAGGUGUGAACAAGAAAAGAAUUUCCAGUUGUUCUCUUAAGGAAGCAUAUGUUCAUAAAAUGGUUAAAGUUAACGAAGGGGGAGACCGAUGGUCCCUCAUCUCAUUGUCCAACAAUAGAGGUCGAAACGUGGAACUUAAAUUUGUUGAUUCAAUGAGACGCCAAUUUGAGUUUAGUGUUGAUUCUUUCCAGAUAAUUCUUGAUUCCUUGCUCUCCUUUUAUGAGGUUGAUCCACCAAUGAGGAUGAGUGAAAAUUUUUAUCCAACUGUGGUCGGUGAAUCUGUGUACGGUGAUUUCCGCGAAGCUCUUUUCCACCUUAGUAAAAGACUAAUCGCAACCCGUAAUCCUGAAGAGAUUCGCGGUGGCGGUUUACUAAAAUAUUGUAAUCUAUUAGUGAGAAAAUAUCGCUGUCUGGAAGAGAUUAAAAACCUCGAAAGGUACAUGUGCUCUCGAUUUUUCAUCGAUUUCUCUGAUUUGUGCCAACAGAGGAGGAAACUUGAAAGCUACAUUGCCAAUCAUUUCGUCGGAGAUGAUCAGAUGAAAUAUGAAUACCUGAUGACAUUAUUCAGCGUUGUCGACGAAUCAACAGUUUGCUUAAUGGGACACGAGAGACGACAAACUCUCCAUUUAAUACAAGAGCUUGCCUACCAUUACUAUUACCAAGAUCCAAAGUUGAUGUUGAAACAGCAAUUUGACGCUGCAACGGCCGCUGCUGCUGCCGCUGCCGCCGCUGCAUCAUCAUCAACAUCGACCUCAUCUUCAUCACCUCUGUCAACCUCAACAUAUACCUCUUUGUCAUCAUCGUCCUCUGCGACCUCUGUCUCAAACUCAUGUUCCUCCACCGUUUCACUGUCUCCUUGCUCGUCUCCCUCAUCUUCUUCCUCUUCAACCUGCUCCAUAUCAUCAUCCUCAUCAACCUCAUCUCUCUCAUCAUGCACAUCAAGUGCUGCCGCUGUAGCUGCCGCUGCAGCCCAUUCUCAUCAAUCACAUAAUCAUUACUACUAUGGCAAUUCGGCACAAUUCUACUAUUCGCCAUACCACUCAUAUAAUUGUAAUCAUCAGCCAAAUUGUUUCAAUCCGUGUCACUGUGGAGGAUGGAUGACCUGUGCUUAAUACAAACAUUGUAAACACAAAAACAAAAAAAAAUCAACUUACAGUAAAGAAGCUAAAAAAACUACUACAUAAAAAGAUAAAAAUACGAGAAAGAGGAUAUUGCAUAUGGAAUAUUAAUAAUAUAACAAAUAUUUCCUGAUACAAGUUAAAAUGUGUUACGGAUAAGCCAAAAAACUAUUUAGGUCAAUCAGUCAAUCGCUUGAGGCAACUUUAUCAUCAGCAACACAAAAAUCAACAUAUAAUAUCAAACAACAAAACAACAACAAAACAACAAAAAACAAUAUAUUAAAUGAUCAACACAAAAAUGAGAAGAUGAAAAAACAAAAUGAAACCAACAGAGUGGACAUGAUGAUGAAAUUGAACCUUUAUUGAAAUAUACAAAAAUGUUUGUUUUUUUCAUAUAAUAUUAUCAUUCCAAUGAUCAAGUCUCCUCUUCCGCUCUCUCGCUCUCAAUCUCCCACAUUUAUCUUCCUUCCUCUUUCUCUCUCUCUCUCAAAUAAAAUUUUGAACUGAUUGAA